CAGUUUGCACUUUGCAGCAUUGCGCAACGAUGGCCAGUAGCAAGGUACGCGACGUGCUCAUCGUCGGCGGCGGCGUCAUGGGCUGCUCGACCGCCUACCACUUGGCCGCCAAGGCCACCGGCUCGCUGCGCAUCACGGUCCUCGAGCGGAGUUUUGCGUACAAGCGCACGUCGGCCGUGCUCUCGGCCGGUGGCAUCCGCAUGCAGUUUUCGGAAAAACCCAACAUUGAGAUGAGCCAAUACGGCCUCUCAUUCUUACGCAACGCGCCCGAGACGCUCGCCGUGCCCGGCCACGACCCGGUCGACGUCAACUUUGUGGAGAACGGGUACCUCUUUCUCGCGACCGAGAAGGGCCGGUCGACGUUGGCCAACAACCACGCAGUCCAGCGAUCGGUGGGCGCGCCCGUCGAACUCUUCACGCCCGAGAAGCUCUCGCAGCGCUUUCCGUGGCUCGAGACGGCCGACGUUGUUGCUGGUGCGCUCGGCGUCCGCGACGAAGGCUGGUUUGAUCCCUGGGCGUACCUCACGGGGCUCAAGCGCAAGUGUGCGCACCUCGGUGUCGAGUUUAUCGAAGGCGAACUCGACGGCCCGAUGACGGUGGCCAACGACACGAUCGAGCGCGUCAACAUCCAGACCACAUGUGGUGACACUCUUAGCGUCACGCCCGGUCACGUGGUCAAUGCCGGUGGCGCGUGGGCGCAAUGGACCGCGUCGGCCGCCGGCGUCAACGAUUUGCCCGUCCGCGCGAGAAAACGCACCAUUUUUGUGUUUCAGUGCCCCGAAGCCGCUAAAUGGACGGGUGACGCGUGCUCGCCGCUCGUCGUGGACCCGUCCGGCGUCUACUUUCGUCCAGAAGGCUGCUCGGGGCAGUUCAUCUGCGGUGUCUCGCCCGAUGCGGACAGCGACCCGGACUGCGAGAGCGACGACUUGCUCCAACCCGACUAUGACCUCUUUGACGAUGUCAUUUGGCCCACGAUCGCCAACCGCGUGCCAGCGUUCGAGGCCAUCAAGAUGGUCAACGCCUGGGCGGGGUUCUACGACUACAACACGUUCGACCACAACGCUAUCAUUGGCAAGCACCCGGACCGCAAGAACCUCUACUGCAUCAACGGGUUUAGCGGCCACGGCUUGCAGCAGUCGCCGGCGGCCGGGCGCGGCGUCGCCGAACUCAUCCUCGACGGCGGCUACACGAGUCUGGACCUCUCGUGCUUUGGCUUGGAGCGCGUCCGCGCCAACCAGCCGUUUUUCGAAAAAAACAUUGUGUAGUGCGUCUCGACUAGACUAGAUGAGAGCCUCGCAUUCGGCCACCGCUUGCCGCUAUGCUAGCCUGUAAUUGGAAUGAUUAGACGUAAUUCGUGUGAAAGUUACCUUGCUAUCGUGGGCA